AUGGUUCACCCCGGAGGUCCCCGGCGACUCGGCGCGGCUUUCCGCUUCCUCCACCUCCCGCCCCCCUUACAAAAUAGCACUGCAAAAUGCAAAGCCCUCGCUCUCCCGGCGCCCCCCCCGCCGGCUCCAGCCCGGCCCGGCGGCUACAUCUGCCGAGCCCGUCCGCAGCCUACGGGUCCGCGGGGACCCCAGCGCCUGGGAGCGCGGGCCGCGGUGCUGGUGGUUCCCGGGCGCACGGCCCGGCCGGCAGUGCAGGCCCCCUCUCAGGCGGCGGGGCUGGCACGGGGGGCCGCGCGUACGAGCGCGCACACACCGGUGGGAGAGGGCCCAGCGCCGCGGCCGCCGCCGCCCACCCGCCCACCGGGCUGGGGAGGAGGGAAGAGAGGAGAGGGCAGCGGGAAGGGGCGCGCUCCGCUGGGCGACGAGCCGCACUUGUCCAACGUGGAAAACCCAAAUACCAGUUUCAAACACUUGGGAAACAUUCAGCCCCGCUGCGCAGCGCGCAUGCGCCCCAGCCCCCUCCCCCGGCGGCGGCCCCGCCCCCCGCCGCAUUCACGCCCCUCACGGUCCCGGGCCCUGGGGGCUGCGGGGCCCGAGGCCGGCCUGCGCGGGGGCGUGGCCUUGCCUGUCAUUUUGGCCAGGGGCGAGGGUCGCGGAGGGGACAGCGACAGGUCCGCCGGGGCGGGGACCGCAGACGAGGAGCAAACUUUACUAGGAGUUUUUGGCACUUGGAGGCAGAGCCUGUUGAGAGGCGCGGAUGCCCGCCGGGAAACGCAGGGGAGCGGCCUGCUUCGCUGAAAACCCGACCAGGGUCGAACGGGCCGCGGGACGGCCGCCUCCAGGACCUUGGCACGCAGCGAGGAAGACCUCCGUUUCUCAGCCCCUGACUCUUCGUCUCCGCCCCGCAGCGCUAUGUAAGUACGGCGUGAAACAGAACUGGCAACCGCAGUAGCCAAUCCACUUGCGACCCUCAUUUGACAGCCCAAUUAGGACGAAGAAGAGGCGGGGAGAACCACAGGUAACGCCUCCCCCGAGUCUUACUACUAGAAACCCAAGUCCACCGGGAGGCGGAAGGAAGGGGCGAGCAGGACAUGGGCGGAAGUGGCGACGCAUGCGCCAUGGCCCGCUUCGGCGUCCUCCGAACUGCCGCCGCGGAGUGCGCGGGAGACCUAUCGAUUCUGCGGCCGGACCACCACUCCCAGCAGCCUCGGCGGCUCCCGCGCCUGCGCCGUCUGUCACCGCCCGCCCUUUGUGUCGCCUCCCUGAGCCCAGUUUGGAACGGCUUGGAGACAAAGGGGUUCGAGAGGGAAGCUGCUUACUAGUGUCGAGCCCCAGAAGUGGUGCAUAGGCCCGAGGGGAGCCUUCUCUAGGCCUUAUCUCUUUCCCUGCCCUGUGCCAUUGACGCCGCUCUCGGAGGCCGUUCCUCACACUUGGGAAGGCCGCCAACAGCAGGCAGGCAUCCGGUCGGCCGACGUCCUGGGGCCGUUCGGCUCCCCUGACUCCCUCCCCCAUCGCCCCUCUGCCCUCCCGAAGCUCCUGGAUUUGGGGUUUUCUGAGAAGCCCGGGCGCCGUGCGAACCCGUUGCCUAGGCGACCGGCCCCGCGCGCCGCCCCGCCCUUUUCCGGCCAAGGACACGCCCCCUCCUGGGCGUGGCCUCGCGCUUUUGUGCAGUGCCUGCCGGGCGACGCCGUUCUGCGCGGCCUCGGCCUCCGCCCGGCUUCGGACUCCGCGGCUCCCCUCUGGGCUGGCCCCAAGAACUGUGCUCGCUACGCCAGGCUGACUGUGUUUCGCCAGUUUUCCUCCGCUGUGGGCCCUGCUCUAUUUGUAUUGUCUUUCUUUACACCGAGUCGAAGAGCGGUGCCUUGUCGGUUUUCACCUUUCUCACCGGACUUUCUCUUUCCAGGAGAGCCGGGUGGGUGGUGCUACAUGUGUUUCCAGGAACUAAGCCCUGUCCCCAGCCCGUGCAGUGUUUCUGUGUCAGCUGCACGCCAGCGCGGUUCUCCAUUUUUCUUAGCCUUCUCAAUCUGGACAGGGUCGCGUUUCAGCUUUCAUCCACCGGGUUUAUCCUGUUGCAAAGCAGAAUGCACUGCUUUAGACACAAAAUAAUUGCAGUUGAAAUGGGUACACAUUCUGGUGGUAAGAUUUGGAAACAUCUGGUAUUUGAUGCAACCCUGUUGUGACAUCUAAAACUAUUUGGAUUUUUUAAAGGAGUAUUCUGUGUAAUCCAGUAUUUUAAAGUAGAUUAACCGCAGUGGUGCUCAUUCCAGCACCCUGCAGGAUAUUUUGUGCUAUGGAUGUCAGUAUGGCAAAUGAGACUGAAUUGAGCUGUUUUGUGUUUGGAAUCGGAUUGUUCACGUUGAAACGUUGCUGCAGUGAUAAAUGGACGGGUACUCCUUGCACUUUGAAGUGGAUUUAAUCUUCGCUUUUAAGCCCCUUCAUCUCACCUACGCGUCAGUAUAGCUUCUGCUUUGACAUUUGGGGAAAUGGCUGUUAUUUUACUUACAGAUCACACCAUUCUAGUCUCGGCCCAGUUAUAAGCAAAUGAGUACUUUCCUUUCUACAAGAUUUAUUGGCCACUCCUAGUCUGCACAAAAGACUGUAACACUUGGCCAGGCACGGCGGCUCACGCCUGUAAUCCUACCAGUUUGGGAGGCCAAGGCGGGCGGAUUGCCUGAGCUCAGGAGUUCACCAGCCUGGGCAACAUGGCAAAAUCCUGUCUAUACUAAAAAUAGAAAAAAUUAGCCAGGCAUGGUGGCACAUGCCUGUAGUCCCAGCUACUCGUGAGGCUGAGACAGGAGAAUCACUUGAACCCAGGAGGCAGAGGUUACAGUAAACUGAGAUCACGCCACUGCACUGUAGCCUGGGCGACAGCGUGAGACUCUGCAUUCAUUGGCUCUCGAAUGAAUGGUGUUUACCAGAACUCAAGAAUAAAGUUGGAAGUAAUUUAUUCCUUACAAAAAAAUAAGAUGGAGUUUGACCUGGGUUAUAUCUUUAAAAAAAAAAUCACAGUACAGUACAAUCUGAAUAAUGAUUUUGUUCCUCACUUGUUAUGUAUGCACUUCACAUACACAUAAACCAAAAAGGCAUCUUACUCAUUCAACAAGGAAUAUUGACGACUGCCUACCAGGUGCCAACUACUGGUUCAUGCGCUGGGGAUGGAGUAGUGAAAAGUUCCGUAAAACUUUUUAGCCCACCCCUUGGGAUAAAAAGUCAAAAAAGGUUCUUUUCAAUUCACCAUGCCGUGUGCGGUGGAGCCGCCAACAAAAUGCAGAUUUUGUGAAAACCCUUAAUGGGAAGACCAUCACCCUCAAGGUUGAACCCUCAGAUAAGAUAGAAAAUGUAAAGGCCAAGAUCCAGGAUAAGGAAGGAAUUCCUCCUGAUGAACGAAGACAGAUCUUGCUGGCAAGCAACUGGAAAAUGGAUGUACUUUGACUACGACAUUCAAAAGGAGUCCACUCUUCAUCUUGUGUUGAGACAUUGUGGUGGUGCUAAGAAAAGGAAGAAUAAGCACAAGAGAGAAGGGUAAGCUGGCUGUCCUGAACUAUUACGAGGUAAAUGAGAAUGGCAAAAUGAGUCGCCUUCCUCGAGAGUGCCCUUCUGAGGAAUGUAGUGCUGGAAUGUUUAUGGCAAGCCACUUUGACAGACAUUAUUGUGGCAAAUGUUGUGUGACUUACUGCUUCAACAAACCAAAAGGCAAGUAACUGUAUGAGUUAAUAAAAGCCAUGAACUUAAAAAAAAAAAAAGUCAAAAAAUAUUUUAUCUUUUUUGGAACAAACUUAAAAGAUCAAGCAAUAAAACAUAACAGUGACAAAUUUUAAAUAUGUCACUAAAGAAA